AUGCCGCCGCCCGUCGGUAGAUACGCGCCAUCAGGACUCGCUGGCCAAUUCCCCCAUCUUCCGCAGACCCAUCUCCAACAGCAGCAGCAGCAACAGCAACAGCAACAUUCGCAACAACACCACGCAACGCAUGCUCAGACGCCAAAUGCUGGCCUGCCUCCUCCUUCUCUAGGAGGCCAUCCUGGCUUUGGUCCUGCGAAUGCGAAUUCAAACAUCAAUCCCUUCGCCUUACCUGGAGCUAAUGGGAUGGGCGUAGCGGGAUUUCCUGGCCCUUCUACGGCUAGUAUCCCCGAUGGAGGUGGAACAGGGCUUGCGAGCCAUGCGGCGCAGAUGGGGUUUGUCAGAGGAGCGCAGAUGCACCAACAACAACAGCAGCAACAGCAGCAGCAGCAGGCGCAACAGGCGCACCUCGGUCACGAUAAUCGUCUCUCAGUGGAUGGAAAGGGUGCAGCCGCCAAUUCAAGGAUACGAGACGUUUGGAAGCACAAUUUGGCACAAGAGAUGCAGGUCCUGAGGUCCUUGGUGGAUAGAUAUCCCUAUAUCAGCAUGGAUACCGAAUUCCCCGGUAUCGUCGCGCGGCCGAUGGGCAGCUUCACAACAAAAGCAGAUUACCAUUACCAAACGUUGCGUUGUAAUGUUGACCUUUUGAAGAUGAUACAGUUGGGGAUAACAUUAUUUUCGGAAGAUGGUGAAGUCCCCCCCGCAACCCCGAUUGAUGGCAAUGUCCAGUAUGGGUCGAACGCCGUCCCAGCGCCAUGUACGUGGCAAUUCAACUUCCGUUUCUCUUUAGAAGGUGACAUGUAUGCGCAAGAGUCCACCAGCAUGCUAGCCAAAGCGGGAAUCGACUUUGCCAUGCACGAGAAGAACGGCAUUGAUCCACACGAUUUUGGCGCGCUUCUAAUGACAUCCGGAUUGGUUCUUGUGGAUGAUGUACACUGGAUUUCUUUCCAUUCGGGUUAUGACUUUGGGUAUUUAAUGAAGAUUAUGCUCUGCAAACCCUUACCCGACGGUGAACAAGAAUUCCACAAACUCCUCACUAUCUUCUUCCCAUCUCUCUACGAUAUCAAGUACCUUAUGAAGCACGCCGGUCGCAACCAAUCCGUCAACGGUUCCCCUCUCACCCAAGCGGCAGCUCAAAUAAUUGCAAAUCUUGGCCAAAAAUCUGGCCUUCAAGACAUCGCCGAUGAACUAGGCGUAAAACGGGUUGGUAUUGCACACCAAGCUGGAUCAGACUCGCUAGUUACCGGCGAAAUUUUCUGGAAAAUGCGCCAGCUGGUGUUCAAUGGUUCCAUUGAUCAGGGAAAAUACUCAGGCCAGAUCUGGGGUCUGAAUGGGCAGAUAGCCGCUGUGCCUUUCCAUGGCGCUAAUCAGGCCCACCAAACACCAAACCUCAACGGAGCUACAAUUUACUCCAAUGCAGGCACACCAAGUACACCAAAUACGGGCCACGCAGGGCUGACGAAUGCUCAAACGCCUGCAGCUCAGACGCAGCAGAUCAACGUUAGUACAUUAACUCCUGGGGGGGGCGGAGGAGUGUUUGGUACUUUCCAGUUUGGCAAAUCUUGA